AUGAGCCAAUUUGGAGAGCUUGUGCUGCUAAUAGGUGACCUUCACAUCCCUCAGCGUGCUGUUGACCUUCCUGAGAAAUUCAAAGAACUCUUAGUCCCAGGAAAAGUUCAAAAUAUUUUUUGCACAGGAAAUAUUGGAUGUCGAGAAUAUUCCGAUUGACUAAAAGGUUUGGCAUCAAGCGUCCACAUAGUUAAAGGCGAUUUUGAUGAAAAUACUACGAUCCCUGAAAGCAAGGUCGUUACAAUUGGAGAUUGAAAAAUAGGCUUAAUUCAUGGGCAUCAAGUAAUUCCAUGGGGCGAUAAAGAAGCAUUAGGAAAUCUCCAACGUCAAUUUGACUGUGACAUUUUAUAAAUUAAUAUAUAAAAAAUAUCUUGAUUUUUAUAGCUGAAAUCUUUUUUAUAUGAAAUUUAUUAUUUGCGGGAUAAUUUAAAGGUUUUACAUUUAUAUAAAGAGAAUAAUAUCAGGCCACACACACGCCCUUUCUAUAGAAUCCUUAGAUGGAAAAUACUUUAUUAACCCAGGAUCGGCUACCGGAGCUUAUUCAUCAAUAACACCAGAAGUUAAGCCGAGCUUUAUUAUAAUGGCAUUUCAAGGUAUAUACAUAAAAUGGCGUAUGGGCGACCGACCCACCCUCCCAGUGGUGGUUACCCAUGUAUAUCCGGGCAUGGUUUUUGGAGCCAGGAAUUAGCCCAACAACGUCCGGGACCUCGAAGCGAGAGGCCUAAGCGCGAGAACCGCUGUUUUUGCGACCAGACCCAUGGGCAGUUAUUCGUGACUUCUUUUUGCCAGCAGCGCUCAGCCCAGUGAGUGUGCCCGAAAUGAGGCAGGGUGAAUUACCUGCCUAAGCUGCUUUAGUGGCUCGCCCCGAAUGGCGAAAGCUGUUGAGUUCUUUCUCGGGAUGACCGGAAAAGAGGGGAGGCGAGUUAGACAUCGAGACGGGGGUCUCUCCAGUUGAAAAGGUGCCCUUCAAUGGGCAGAUCUGGCGGACGACGAAGCGGAGUUGGCGUAAACUUAGGCGACGAUCCAAGUUGGAAAUGGAGGUGGUCAGCAAAGCCGGUAUAAGACGGCCCUUGACAAUACCUCUACCGAGAAACCGGGGGUUUCGGCCCGGGCUUGGUGAACGCUCUGCCACCACACGGGAAACCGUGGCAUGCGACCUCGGACGUAGUAGGGACCUUAAAUACCCAGCGUAAUCUUAAUCUUAAUCUUAAUCUUAAUAAUGGCAUUUCAAGGUAAUGACGCGACACUAUUCAUCUAUGAACUUGUUGAUGGGAACAUUUCAGUUAACAAAGCACAAUUUUCUAAAAGCUAA